GCUAAGCACGCAGACAAUGGUGAUGAUUCACACUUACAUGCAAAUUGUGAAAAGAGCAAUAAAAGCAUGAACAAGAAGCUGGCUUUGCUUGCAAGACUUCUUCUCCUCACCACACUUGUAACAAGAAUAUCAGUAAUCACCAGAGCCGAUGAAGAGCUAAUGAUGCAAGAAUGCCAUAACUCUGACAACCCCACUUUGUGUCUUCGCUGUCUAAGCUCCGACCCCUCUUCUCCUGAAGCCGAAAAAGUUGGACUGGCUCGAAUCAUCCUCAAAUGUAUCAACUCUCACCUCCUUACCCUUACCAAGAGCGCUUCCACUUUGGGCUCCAUGCACUACCGGAAUCCCAUGGCUGCAUCAGCGUUGAAGCAGUGCGGUUUGGGUUUCUCCACGGCUAAGCGUGGCGUGCGAGAAGCCGACGCUCACUUGAUAGCCGGAGACUACGACAAGUCUGCGUAUGAUGUCAGCGUGAAGGUGGUGGAUCCUCCGGUCUCGUGCAAAACCAGUCUCGAGACACUCAACAUCCAAGUGCCCUCAAGUUUUCGUUACCAUAUGGAGGUUUACUUGGCGUUGACUCAAUCUCUCCUCAGGAUCAUUGAUCGCUUCUAGAUAGUUUAUUGUUUCGCAAGUCAUUGUCUUAUCCUUAUAUCAUCAGAGUCUAUAAGACUGUAACUAUGUCUAAGCCUCAAACCAAAAUCCAAAUUGGCUUGUUCUUGUUAUCAUUUCAAGACUGAAUGCAAAAUAGUGAUACCUUAAGUAAAGAAGCUAAAAAAAAAAGUAGCUGAUGUUUUUAUA